AUGGCUCUUAGAAUACCUCUACCUGGUAUGCAUGAUGGUACUGUUGGAAAGGGGGCCAUACGGUAUCCAGACCUGUGCCUCUGCUACGAUAAUUAUGCCUAUAGGUCUGGUCCUCCCCUGCCUCAGCUUGAUGACUAUUAUGAAGACAUAUCUCCACAAAAGCGCGAGGAGCAAAAGCGAAUAGCUAAUCUAACAAAGCAGGUGAACCAUCCUUCUGUUAAUAAGGUCAAGUUUUUCAAAACAGAGUACGUCGAUAGACGUUUACGGAACAAGGAAAUAUACUCAUCGUUUAGUAGCUUAAAUGAUUCUAUAUUUGCACGCCAAGAGGACGGGCAAGAAGAGACAGGGAAGGCUUCUGCGGCCCUAAAUUAUUCUGAGUCCUCCGAGCGUCAAUCCCUCAACUUACAAAACAGAAAUAUUCACAUUCCAUAUAGACCAAUUUACAAGCCAACGGUCGAGCGGGUUUUUCAGCAGUGUAGUGCACACGUGGCUGCCGACGUACGAACAGGGAAGUGUCUCAAAGCAGCACCCGUAAAUGGGUGUCCCCAUGCUCUUUCCUUAGUUACCAUUCCUCAAGUUCCCCUAGUGUCGCGCGCGGAUAUCAGGCCCGUGGUAGUAGAAAGAAAGUAG